AUGUCAAACGAGACAAUGCUUACAACAGCGCAGUGUUUAGACAAAAUUGGCUGAGGAAGUUAUCAAAAGAGAAAAUUCAUCCAAUGUGGACUCGUAAUUUAAAUUUAGGCUUGAACAAAUAGUCAACUAUGAGUAGUUCUUAUAGGUAUAAUACUUUCAAGUAUCUCACAUGAAUGAGAUAUAUCAAACUCAUUAAGAGGAUUUAUUGGGACUUUAUAUCAAAUAGGCAUGCUUGCAGGAUCUGUUUUAUGAGGAUAUUGGGCAGAUCGAUAUGGAAGGAUGUUUUCUUUUAAAAAAAGCUUACUUAUUGUAGUUAUUUUUAGCUUAUUCAUGAUUUUUUCGUUUUCUCUCGUAUUAUUCAUUAUUUGUGCAUUUAUCAUAGGCAUCGGAGUGUCAGGCGAACUUGUUGUGUCUGGUGUAGUUUUUAAAGAAUUCUGCCCACCGAAGAACUCUGGCUACGUGACUGCUCUGUCUUCAUUUUUUGGGAUGGGUGGUGCAUUUGUAGCUUUAAUAUGUGUUCUUGUAGAAUUAUUUAACUAUUCUGAAAUCGCAAACUGAAGACUUAUCAUUUCCUUUAUAUUUUUCUACGAUUUGCUAAUUUUUAUAUAUAGGCUGGAUAUGGAUGACACCCCCAGCUAUUAUUUCGCUAACUCCCCCCUCCGUGAGCGAACAAAAAAAUUUUGUUUGAUCAAGGAGGGGGUUAAUUUUCAUUUUUUUUAAAAAAAUUUAUAUAUAAAAUAUUUUAUAGAAUUUUUUGUUUUCAAAGUUCAAAAAAAAUUCUAAUUUUUAAAAGUUGAGAAGUGAAAAUUAAUUUAAUUUGCAAAAUUUAUGUUUUAAAACGCAAGCUGUUUAAAAUUAAAUAGAAUUAGCUAGAGAUUUCGUUAUGUUAAUUAUCACUUAUAUAUCAAUUUUUUUUACAUAAAGUUUUUAUAUUAAAAAAAUUUUUUGUUCGAUCACGGAGGGUGGAUUUUUACCCAAAAAAUAGGGAUUUUCUAAUGGUUUUGUUCGCUUAGGAGAGGGGAGUAAAGGAAGUAAAGAAAAUUCAGAAAAAAUACUUAAAAAAAUAGCUGCUGUUAAUGGCAAAGAUGAAGCAGUAGUUGCACUAAUUGAUCCAAUUUUAAAUGAAAAUUCCGUUUCAAAACCUAAAUCAAAUUCCUAUAAAAUGCUAUUUCAUAGAGAUCAUCUAAGAGCUAGCUUGUUGCUGACAGUUAUUUAUUUUACCAAAAUGUUCGGAUAUGUGAAUGUUUUGAUGUUUAUGCCUAGAUUUUUAAGUGAAUAUUCAAAAUUGACACAGUACAUUGCAAUUUUUAUUCAACAAUUAUUCGGGAUUCCAGGUGUUUUUCUGGCAGCGUACUUAGUUAAUACAAAAUUUGGGAGAGUGAAAACACUAGCAGCUUGUGAAUUUUCAGCAGCUUUAUUUGUGUUUUUAUUUUUGCUAUCUGGCAAUGUAGUUUUAGUUGUGAUUUGCACAUCACUUAUGAGUCUUGUUGUACUAAUGGGAUAUGGGUGCCUUUAUACGGUUACACCUGAAUCCUAUCCUACAGAAAUUAGAAAUACUGCUAGUGGCUGGCUAUUUUCAGCUGCAAGGAUAGGAGGAAUUAUAUCUCCUACCAUUACAGGAGUUUUGCUUGAUAUUCCAGGAGGAAAAGAAAUUGCAUUAGCUAUUUAUUCUAUUUCUUUUCUAAUAGAUACCGCUUGUGUUCUAUUUCUUGCAGAAACAAGGCAAAAUAUAAUAAAAUAA